AGAAUGGCUUUGGUAAAUGGGUCUGUGGUAACUGAAUUCAUUCUCUUGGGAUUAUCAGACCAGCCUGAACUCCAAGUCCCCCUGUUCCUGCUCUUUCUAUUAAUGUACAUCAUAACUGCAUUGGGGAAUUUGGCUUUAAUUAUUCUCAUUUUGUUGAAUUCUCACCUUCAUACUCCUAUGUAUUUCUUCCUUUUUAACUUAUCCUUUGUUGACUUUUGUUACUCUUCUGUUAUUACACCAAAAAUGUUGAUGAACUUUGUUGUAAUGAAAAAUCUUAUCUCAUAUGUAGGAUGUAUGACACAGUUCUUCUUAUUCUGUUUCUGUGUCAAUUCUGAGUGUUAUAUUCUCACAUCUAUGGCCUAUGACCGUUAUGUGGCUGUCUGCAAUCCACUCUUGUAUAACAUUGUCAUGUCUCCGAAGACGUGUUCCUAUCUUAUGCUUGGUUCAUAUUUGAUGGGGUUUUCUAGUGCCAUGAUCCACACUGGAUGUGUCCUAAGGCUGGAAUUCUGUGAUGGAAACACCAUCAAUCAUUAUUUCUGUGAUCUCCUUCCUUUGCUGCAGCUCUCCUGCACCAGCACCUAUGUCAAUGAGAUAGAGGUGUUAAUUGUAACAGGGAAGGAUAUCAUUGUGCCCACUGUGAUCAUCUUUAUCUCAUAUGGCUUCAUCCUGUCCAGCAUAUUUCAAAUGAAGUCCACUGAGGGCAUGUCGAAGGCCUUCAGCACCUGCAGUUCCCACCUAAUUGCUGUCUCUCUGUUCUUUGGGUCUGGUGCCUUUAUGUAUCUCAAACCCCACUCAGCUGGAACAAUGAACAGUGGAAAGGCAUCUUCAAUAAUUUAUACCAUUUUAAUUCCUAUGAUGAAUCCAUUAAUUUAUAGCUUGAGAAACAAAGAUGUUAACAUUGCCUUGAAAAAAACUUUGAGAAAGAAAAUUUUGUAA